AUCAAACCAAAGUAUUUGUUUAAUUCAGUUUAAUUUUUGUCAGCUUUUACUAGAAAAAAAGUCGAAAAAUGGUCGUAUGUAGAUAUUUCCUUCAGGGUUCCUGUAAAUUCGGCUCAUCGUGUAGAUUUGAGCAUGAAAUAAAUGGUACUUCCAACUCUUAUCAAAAUUCUGGCGGAUCAUCUAUAUUACGUAGUUCUAAUUUUAAUACUCCCCAAAUAGCUCAACCUAAACUGAAUCCAGUGUUUGCACAAGAAAACAAAUCAAAUGUGGACAAUGCUACUCUAGUAAAAACAGCAAGUACAGAUAUGACCCAGGCUGAAAAAGGUGGUCAGUGGCUGUUUUCAAGUUAUACUCCGUUUAAAGAAAAACCUGCAUUUCCUGGUUUUGAAGAUCAGAGCUUUGAAGAAAUCAGACUUGGUUUUUAUGAAGCUCAAAAAUCAGGCACAUUAGAACAGUAUAAACAACAAAUUCAAGGAAUGGUGCAAGAGGUUUUGGUUAAGGUGAGAGCCUUGCAAACUCCAUCGCCAGAUAUAGUAAACAUGCUUGUAGCUAUAUACAAUACUCCAGCAUCUCAACAAGCAGGGGUAUUUUCAGGAAAUUCACUGACAAAUUCCAAUACAUCUAAUUUUAGCUUUAAAUCAGGAUCAAUUAGCCAACAGCCAUUGUUUGCACAAGCCAACCAAAGUUCAUUUGCAAAUAACCAACAACAAAGUAUAUUUGGCAAUUCACCUGGUAAUAACAUAUUUGGAGGUAGCAAUCAAAAUGUCCAAAAUACUACAAGUAAUGUAUUUCCAUCAAAUAAUCAGAAUAACACAAACAAUAUGUUUGGAGGUCAAACAAAUAACAUAUUCCAAAGUCCUACAUCUCAGAUUCAGGCUCCAAGUAACAACAUAUUUGCUCAAGCUAAUAAUAAUUUGAUACAAAAUAGUAAUUCCAUUUUUGGUGGUCAGCAACAAACUGCAAAUGCAUCCAUAUUUACUAACAAACCAGAACCAAUUAAUACUAAUGUAUUUACACAACAAAAUCAACCAAACAAUCUUUUUCAAUCUGUGUCACAAUCAUCUAAUAUUUUUGGACAACAACCUCAGCCCCCUGUAAAUAAUGUAUUUAAUUCAAAUCCCCAAAUUAUUCAACCUCAGUCAACAUCAAUAUUUAAUCAAGCACAACCACAAUUUUCCAAUCCUGUUAUGUCUGCUCCAAAACCAGAUAUGUCUCAGCCACAGGCUUAUAGUAAUAGUAUUUUUGGCAAUACUCAAAGUGGAGGUAAUAUUACUCCUUUUGCUACCAAAGCUCCUUCACAAAUAGAUGCAAGUAUUUACUCUAAAUUAGAAGAUUUAACUCAAGAGGAGAUUAUGUGGUUUGAAAGUAACGAUUUGGAUAUUUCAAAUAUGCCAUUAAAGCCACCUACUUACCAGAUGUGCUUUGAUUAACAUUUCAAAAAUUUUGUACAGCCGUGAAAGAAAUAUUGUUAUUAAAAAUCAGGUGUCAGUAGUGGCUAUAUAAUAUUAUUUAAAGUGUUUCUAACUUGGCCUUUAAAUAUUUUUCUGGUCCUACCCCUUCAGGCCUUAAG